UACUCCCAUAGGAACAUGUUUCCAGAGAGCUUCAUUCAGGCUUUCUUCGAGCGGUACAAGACUGAGGUUGUUUAUCUUUCAAAAGAUCAAAUUGUAAUCCCAAUGCCGCAGAAUGACAGUGAGAUGCUACUGGUAGGCAGCUAUAUUCCUGAAGCCAACAUUAUUGGACUGAUCAUCUGGUCUUUCACCAUCGGCAUCUUGUUAAUCAGGGUGGGAGACAAUGCAAAAAGCACUCUGAAGCUCAUUCAAAUCAUCAACGAGUCAGUAAAAAUCAUAGUCGUCUGGUUCCUGUGGUAUUUGCCAAUUGGAGUAUUUUUCCUGAUCACAGACAGUGUGUUGGUUGUGGAGGACUGGGGAGAUGCCUUUAAACUCGUGAAGUUUGCAGGAGUGGUUUGUAUGGCACAUGGAUGCUACGCCUUUAUUAUUCUGCCCACGUUUUUUUUUUUGUUAGUCAGACGGAACCCCAUUCACAUCUACAGGAAGAUCUCCAAGGCUAUGAUGACUGCAUUUAUCAUCUCAUCCAGCACCGCCACUCUACCUAUUGCCCUUCAAUGUUGUGAAGAGAACGUGAAGGUCAAUAAGAAACUCCUCCGCCUCAUAUUGCCCAUUACCGUCGGCAUCAAUAUGAACGGGACAACACUGUACGAAGUGAUCGCUUCCAUCUUUAUUACUCAGAUAAAUGACAUCAAGCUGGACAUCAGCCAGAUAAUCGCCAUUUGCUUGUGUAGUGCCUUUGUCACCUUUGGAACUGCAGGGGUCCCAGCAAAAGGAGCUGUGACCACUAUCAUGGUUCUGACAUCUGUGGGACUCCCUGCAAAGGAUGCUGUCCAUCUGGUGGUGUUUGAAUGGCUUCUAGACCACUUCACUACCAUGGUGAAUAUUCUCACAAACAUGAUGGGUGUGAUUGUCAUCCAUUUUUUAUGGGAAGCCGACAUGCUAGCCUUGGAAGAAAGACAAAGGACUGAUAAGGUUCGUUCCAACAAUGACCUCGAGCUGGACUUAACCUGUUUGGAGCCUGAUGACGACCUCAUCCCAUCCGCCUCCUCCCCAUCAGGAUCCAUUUCACCUAAGUGAGGGGAUCGUCUCAGAACCAUAUUAACACCAACAAGCUGAAAUCUCAGGACAGGGACGUCACCAUCCUGGGGUGUCUGAGCUGAUCAUUUCCCUGUUUUCUUAUAGUUGUUGCUAGUUGGAUGGUGUCAUAUCACUUUACUCAUCUGUAUUUAUUUUCCAUUUCACUUUGGUUUUUGCCACUUUUAAAUUAUAUAUUUAUAUGUUCCUAAUCUAUUUAUUUGAAAAUUGUUAAUAAUUAUAAACAUUGUUAUGUGUUUGAAGAUAAUUCAUCUUCAGUAUUCUAGAUUUUAUUGUUAUUUAUCAUUUUUGCAUGUUUACAAUGCAUGGACUUUACCAUUUUUAUGAAUUUUAGCUUUCUCUUUAUAUAAUAGAAAUAUUUCUCCAGUGUUUCCUCUCUAAUCAAUACGAGCUGCCACAGUUCCUUAUCUUCUACAAUUGAUUUCCUCCCACUAAUAAAUCACAUUUGUUUAUUAACAAUA